UCGUUGGCUACUGGCAACCAAUUCAACAGAAAAGAAAGAGAAAAAAAGUUAGUUAAUAAUAAUAUACAUACAGCGUACGACUUCCAUCCCCAAAACACUAGAAAUUUUUCCUCCAAAUUUGUUGGAUAGAAAAAGUGAAUUGAAUUUGAAACAGAAACAGAAACAGAAAAUCAAAUGGGGUGGUGUCUGACGCUAUUCACGCCAUCAAUUCUCACCGAUCCAUCCCCGACUUUCACAUUCCCACCCAAUUAUUAUUCGUCUUCUAAGCCUCCAAAUUUGGGUGUCCGACAACAAACUCAUCGCCAUACACAUCAGAAGAAGCAGCAGCAGCUCAAUUGUUAUGAUAAUGAUGAAACCCCAUCAUCGUCAUCACAAUCAUCUAUGGAUUCAAUUGAAUAUAAUAAUAAUAAUAAUCCCCCACAAGAUGCUAUUCUCAAAGCCAUUUCAGAAAUAUCAAAGGCUGAAGGAAGGAUCGGAAGAACUAGUACUUUAAUUCUUGGAGGGACUAUUACCGAUGAUUCGACCUAUGACGGGAUUAGUCUCACUAAGAUGUUAAACAUCUACCCAGCUGCACGAGGAUUCACAGCUAUUGGAUCUGGGGGUGAUGAUUUUGUGCAAUCGAUGGUCUUUGCUGUUGAGUCAGUAGUUCAACAUCCAAUUCCUCAAGGCAAGGUGAAGCAGAAAUUAUCAUCGGGUGGGAAAUAUGUCUCAGUGAACAUUGGACCUGUUCAAAUUGUUUCUAGUAACCAGGUUCAAGCUGUUUACCAUGCUAUGAAGAGAGAUUUUCGAAUGAGAUACUUUCUGUAGUGUGCACAUCUCUGUAUGUAUAAAAAAAACUUAAUUUCUGGUAUGGUUUAUGUUAUUCCAUUGUAAAUGUCAGUUGAUCAUCUCAAUAUCUCUGAACCUGUGUAUCCAUGAAUUAGGCAAACUAGGCUGUAUAGUUGUGUACUUGUGUUGCAUACUUAUUGUUUAAAUUCCAGUUUGACAAGCUCUUACAUAA